AUGAGGAUAAUAUUAGCCUUAAUCUUACUCUUGGUGUUAAGCAACUGUGCUUCAUCAGAUUCUGAAAAGGCUCACUCCCCAAUAGAUCUACAAGAAUUGGACCCCUCGAUGCCAACUUCUUAUCCAGAAUUGCACGGUCAUAUCUCAGAGAAGUUGACAGGUUUCAAUAGCCUCAAAGGAUUUCAGUCAAUCCCAGAUGGUAUCCAUGAACCAAAUCCAAUGUGUAUGGAGCAUGUUAGGACAGCACUUUCUCCAGGUGGAGCUCAAUAUUUAAAAAUUUUGUAUUCUCUCUCUGGAAAAUUUGUGAACGAGCUUGGAAAUCCUGAGCUAUGCCGAGAUAUCGAACAAACGGAGUAUGUGAUGAUGAAGAUCAUGGCUGGGCUCUCUUUCACUAUUGGACUCUGUGUUCCCAAUACUUGUGGUACUCCUGAGGAUUUUGCAGGACUAAAAGAGUUCUUGAUUAAAAAGGCCAAAGAUUUUGGGUUGCCUGAAGAGAUGCCACUUGAUGUUCAAAUCAUGUUCCCAUAUAAGCAAAAAUCUGCUUCAUGGGGAGCAGGAGGGAUCAGCACUCUCGCACUUUUAGGUUUGAUCACUGUUCUUGGAAUUGUCGGAAGCUUUACCGAAUACAUCCCUUUAUUUAGAAAACCUGGAUCUCUUCCGAGCGACAAACCAGAAAAGAAAAUCAAUAAACUUGGGCUUGCUCUUCACUCGUUCUCUUUCAAAACUAAUCUUCAGAAAUUAUUUCAUGUAAGCAGCCAGGGAGACGAUGACCUGGCGAUUCUAAACGGAAUUAGAGUGUUCAGUAUUUGCUGGGUUAUUGCAGGCCAUGUAUUCAUGAUAGGAUCUGGAGCCCCAAUGUCAAACAUUUUAUCUAUGCAAAAUAUGAUGACAACGUGGUACUUUGUCAUAGUCCCAGGAGGAUUCUUUGCAGUUGAUGUGUUCUUUAUGAUGUCAGGUUUCUUAACCUUUUAUCUCUUAACAGUAAAAAUGUACCCAAAGAAAGGGUGGACUAACUUCCCAAUGGUCUACUUCCACAGAUGGUUUAGACUGUUCACUCCUGCUGCUUUUUGUAUUCUGUUGACAAACUUUGUUUUCAAGCAUCUUGGAAGUGGCCCUUCCUUCCAACAAUCAUGGAAUAUGAACUGCGAAAAGUAUUGGUGGUCUAGUUUGAUCUUCAUUAAUAACUUAGUUCCGUGGAACACUGGGCUUAUGUGCAUGUCCUGGUUCUGGUACUUGGCCAAUGACUUUGAGUUUUUCCUGAUCUCUCCAAUUAUUAUCUUUUUCUAUUGUCGGAAUAAAAUAGUUGGAUAUGCUUUGGUAGCCAUCUUGAUGCUUGUGAAUUAUAUUGUAAAUAUGGUCCUUACUGCUCAAAAUGAUCUUGGCAUUAUGUUCACCUUGAGUGGAGGAGGUGACUUUUUCGACCUUGUUUAUAUGAAGCCAUGGAGUAGAUUCGCUGCUUAUGGAGUUGGAGCUAUUUUUGGGUUCAUGUAUUAUGAGUACAAGCAAGAUAAGAAAAAGAUGGCUGAUGAGAACUUAGAAGAAAUUAGACCUUCCCUUUCAACAAAGAUCAUGAUGGCUCCAAAGUACUCAACAUUGAUAACUUACUUUUACUUCUUCUCUGGCUUGUUUUUGACAUCAUUCUUUGUGUUUAUCCAAAUAAGUUUCUACAAAGAGAAAUUGAACUCUAAUCCUUGGUCAAAAACUUCAAACAUGCUCUAUAAUGCUUUCGGUAGAUCAUUCUUUGUCCUUGGUUUGAUACUAAUAAUUAUCCCUACUUUCCAAGGAAGGUUACCAUGGAUCAAGCAUUUGCUUGGGAACAACACAAUGAUCGUACUUGGAAGGAUCACAUUUGGUGUUUACUUGAUGCACAUUCCAUGGAUUAUUAUGCUUUUGGCAGAUUCAAGACAAGGAAUGUGGGUUUCGAACCUCAACGCUUGGUGGCUUGUACUCGGUAUAGCUCCUAUCUCAUUCUUGUUCGCAAUCCCAUUCAGCAUGUAUGCAGAAGUCCCUUUCAUGAACCUUGAGAAGCACUUCUUAAUGCCUAAGCCUCCUCCUAAGAAGAUUGUUCUCAAGGAACAACAAGUCGAAAGCUUUGAACGCAUCAACAAGACAGUCGACUCAGAAGAACCUAAAUCCCUAUUGUUGCCUAAAAAGUCUUAA